AUGGACCAAAGCGGUCCGAGACAUUUCCGUCGUCCGAACGGCCGACCGGCGGCUUGUGAUCCGUGUCGGGCACGGAAGGUUGCGUGUGACCACACGCGCCCCAUCUGCAAGAGAUGCCUUCGAGGGCGACAAGGUGGUAGCAAGUGUGUCUAUUCGGAGAGCGCCUUACCUUCUUCCUCGGUGUCAACAUCGCCAGCUCAACAAGUCGCAUCGGUUAGACCCAAGCCUGCGUCUAAGGUUGCUCCUCACGGUAUCCGACGCCCUCAACGCCGCCGAGCCCCUGUCAGAAGAGGCUAUCUCGGGUUUACUAGCUUCAGCAGCGUCCUGGAAGAAACAGUACAAAGUCUCUCCAUGGUCAAUGGUUCAACUCCGGACUAUAGUCAGCAUACAGCUGGACUCAGGGUCGUAGAGGGAGAAGUGAGGUUUAAGGACUUGCCGCUGCCUCUUCAGGAAAUGGCGAUGUAUGUGUUGAGCUGUCUCCCUGGACAGUCCAAUACCCACAUGGCUUUUAACAAGACACCUCACAAAAUUCAAGAUCAUUUCUAUCUGGGUGUUGACCGUGUCAGCGAGUCUGUCACGGAGAUCUUUGCAACUCUGGUGAAGCACGACGAAAGGGCGACUCUCGAAGCUGUUGCUGAGUUUUUGUGUGCUAACACUGCGCUUCCUCUACCAGACGUACACACUAGUGCCAUAGAUCAUAUCGAGCAGUUCACGGGUCAAAAUUUGAGAUGGGAAUCGCUUGGACUGCUGUGGGCUCAUCUUGAGCGUGUUGGAGACCUCAUCAACGCCAUGCGUACACGCCGUGUUGUCUGGCUUGAUGAUCGACCUGAUCAUGAAGCAUCCCAGACUUGCUUAACUUACUGUGUUGAGCUGUCGAAGUAUUUCUCCGCUGGCAAUGAUCUUUUACUGGAUAUAAGUCGUCGGCAGGGAACCCUUCUUUCGAUUUUCGAUGGCGACGCAAAUCUAUCUUGCGCCUACGUGACCGGCGCGACGGCAUCAAUGCUGAGUUACCUCGGUCUCCACGUCUUGAAGAACCCAGAUGGGUACCAACCAUCCUCCUGCUCAGAAAAUAAGCGACGGCUUUUCGCCCAAGUGUUCUCAGGGGACAAACUUUCCGUCGCCUUCACUGGCCGCCCGCCCCUGAUCAGUCGCCGGUAUUGCUCGACGUCCCUCCUGCUCGACUUGCCGGAUGAGGUCUUAUCACUGGACCAAGAAACGAUUACCCGUGCGGCGGCAUCGUUGGAUAGCAAGGGCUGGAACACAGACGGCGCGGUGUACUCGGCCACUGUUAUCCGAGCUCGCUAUAUCUGUGCUGUUGUUCGCGACGAGCUUCUCGAGAUGGCACUUGUUCCUGAUCAAGACAUCCCAAGAGAGCAGAUACUCGCCGUCAGAGAAAAACAGAUCGCGGUCUUCGCCGACUUCCCGCCUGCCCUCCAUUUCUACCCGAGCAACCUUGCCGACGCAUCGGUCGCUACCCCGGUUCUGCAUUCGCAACUUAUGAUCAAGCUCGAGCAUCUUCAGAAUCUGUUCUUCGCAGAUCGUCUGCUCCGCUUGUCACCUGGUAGUCAUGACAUGGGAGAUAUCGUACUUACAAGCUUUGAUCUCCUCUCCGUCGCGCUCCUGUUCUGGACACACAAGGAUCGCUUCGCCGCGACCAGUCAACACUUUGAGUGGCUCGUUAUUGCGUACGCUGUGCCCGCCGGAGGGAUCCUCUGCCAGGAGCUCCUCCAGCCAUCCUUCAAUGGCACCCACCCCAACGACCCGCGUGUCUCCCGCUCUAGCAUUGUGCAAAAGCUCAGCCUUCUCGUCGGGUUCCUCGACUGGGUCUAUCCAUCGGCAGCUAACGGCGACAUGUGUGUGGACUGUAAGGUCAUCAUCGAGCGUGUCUUGAACGAGCACCUCAAUGCUGCUCAGAGGGUCGAAUCCGACGGGCCUGGUUGGCUGGCGAAGGAGAUGGAAUGGGAGGGGUUUCAGACCCAGCUGGACUUCAAUCUCGAGCUUUUGGAUACGUUCGAUUGGCUUCGCACGGACGGCAGUUGA